AUGUUCUCCAGGCUAGGCUUUACGAUACCCAGAGCCGUCCGUGGCGUCCACACGGUGCCAAAAUUGAAAAACCAGCAAAAGCUUUUGGAAAACGGAAUUGAAGGCUUAUACUCACCGGCUGGGUUCAAAACUGCCUGGUCAGACUACCAGAAGUACUUGACCACUAACCUUUCGUUACGAACCGUCGGCAGUGCCAACGAGACCAGAACACCUUACUUCAUCUUAUUGAACACAGCCAAGCAGACCACUGAACAACAUACUUUCCAUUACGCCUCUCAGGCUCAUAACAACCACUUCUUCUUCCAACAGUUGGUUGACAAGGAAGAAGCCAAGGCCACUAGACCAUCGAGAUUCAUCAUGGACCGUUUAGCUGACCAAGAUAUUAACAGUGUGGAGGAUCUCAAAGCUGCUAUGUUCAAGGAGGCUGAAAAGCUUUCAGGCCAAGGCUGGGUGUUCUUGGUGGAGUUACCAGACAAGUCCAUGAAGAUUAUACGGUGCAACAACGAAGGCACUCCAUACUACUAUGCUAAGAACCAGCUGUUGGACAUGAACGGCGCUGUUUCUGAGGAGAGCUUUGACGCAUUGAACAGCAUCAAAGAGAAGGCACAGAAUGAAGAACUCGACUUGACCUUACCUCUUUUGGCAUUGAACGUAUGGGACGUGGCCUACAUGACUGAUUAUGGCAUCAUGGGCAAGUCUGAGUACUUGUCGAAGGUUUGGGAUUGCAUCAACUGGGAAGUCGUGAACAAGCGUUUGUUUGAGGUCUAA